GACUGCUGUUUUUAUUUUCUAAAGCUAACUGUCAUUUGCAGACUCCUCCCUUUCUAGAGUCCAGAAGUUUAGAAUAGAGGAACAUCGCUUUCAUCUUCCUCUAUCGCCUCCAAUCAUGUAAACCACGGUGUCACUGUCAAGACUACGUGGAAUCGAUAGAAAUGUGUUUCAGCAGCGUAAAAGUGGAAGCAGACACUUGUUGAUUACCUUCCUGCAAAUAGCCAAGUCUGCUUUGCUCCAUCAAAAGAAGGUCUGUGCAGUCACAGCAAUGGAAGAUAACAAACAAUAUCAGGACCCUUCCGAACCGAAGAAGCCUGGUCUUUCUGAGACGCUCUGCAAUGUGAAGCUGAAUGAUGAAGUAAGCACCACUGGAACUGACAGUGCAGCUCACACAGCACAAGGAACAAUGGAACAAGCGGCUCUGGAUACCACACCAGCGUAUCACAGUCCUCCAGUUCCGGAGACAUUGCUCACCACAAAACAACUGCUGCAGUACUGGACUGCUGUGAACAAGAGAGUGAAACCCAUUCGACUCCUCUUUGACAUCCCAGAAACUAGAACAGUGGAGAGUCAGUGCUCCAAAUAUGUGAUGUACAAAGUGGUGGUGAUAAGAUCUGGCACGUACGAUGGCAACCAAGCUUCCAUCGAGAGGAGAUAUUCCGAUUUUGAACGAUUACAUAAAAACAUCGUCAAGAACUUUAAAGAAGAGGUGGAGGAAAUUGCUUUUCCAAAGAAAAUUGUAUCUGGAAACUUCACUGAAGAGAAAAUCACAGAACGUAAAUUGGCAUUCAUAGACUAUCUGGGAAAGUUAUAUGCAAUCAAAGACAUCCGUAAUGCUGAGGAGUUCACUGACUUCUUCUUCCUCUCCGAGGUACGAGAAGGUUACACGUGCCUUCGAGGCGGACAGUACACAAGAGCUCUGGACAUCCUUCUCAAUGUCUUGAGUUUGCAGGAAAAACUGUACUCAACUGACUCGCAGAGGCUUGUUCCUACACUCAGUGCCAUCAGUGUGUGCUGCAAAGAUUUGGGCAACAUGGAGAACGCCUACCGUUUCAGUGAGAAAGCCGGAAUCAUUCUGCAAAACUACAGUCACCAUAAAUAUCUUAUCCCUCUGCUCAAAACCCAGAUUAGCCUGGGUUAUUCACUGGACAAAGAUAUUCGCCAAGUGGGACAGAAGGUGGCAGAUAUGGAGGAACUGCAGGGCCAAAGCAACAUGAUCUCACUGAAAGAGCUUGUGGUGCAGGAGUACGUGUGACAACAACAUCAACUUGCAUUUAUAUAGCGCCUUUCAUGCAGAAUAGACUCGGAGCUCUUAAAAUAUGUCUUCCACAAAAUGUUAUUGCACCAACUGUACCUAAAGUGUAUCUAUAAAGUACAUAUCUCAUACAUCUUCAAAGGCUAUCUUAAUUUUACAGAUUGUACAAUUGAUUUCUCUGAAAGCAGGCAAGAUCUUUCGGUGAAACAAAAAUUGCUUUUACAUUUUUAAAAAGAAUCCUCUUUGGAUACUCAAAUUACACCUUUAAAUCACA